AUGGAAUGAUUUAGCAGUAUAGCUCUGGCAGUGAAUGAAUUAAGUUCCUAACAAGCAAAAUGUUGAAAGUGCGCAGCGGUCUAUCUAUAAUUCAGGCGCAAAAAGCAGCCCUCUCUGUCAGCAGUCCGCUGCGUUGGCAGACCACAGCAGCUGUAGCAGAGCCCAGAAAUGAUGCAGAGUGGCUACAAGCUCGUCCCUUUGAUCAGAUUCCUAGUACAACUUUUCUGUCUACUGUUCGGAAUUUUAUGCCUGGAGGAAAUCGGCCUGGCAGCGAUACUCUUCGCUAUCAUCGGAAGACUCAUAGAAAGGAUUUAUUCCAGGGAGUGGAGGGAGCUUUACCCACACCAGGAAAAACCUGGAGCGACUUUCGAUCGGCUGUAAAUCUUGUCCUAAUGCAGCCGAAGACCGUGCGGCUUUACUAUAAGAAGAUGUCCCAAGUGAACCAGGAGUUUGUGCAACGUAUUAAAGCACUCCGUGAUAUCGAUACCCAGGAAGCUCCAGAUGAUUUCUUAAACGUUAUAAAUCGGUGGACCCUCGAGUCAGUCUCUGUGGUGGCUCUGGACAAGCAGUUGGGACUGCUCAAAGAGUCGGGCGAUAACGACCAGGCUGUGUUACUUUUCAAGUACCUGGACGAUUUUUUUGAAUUAACAGCCGAUCUGGAGAUGAAGCCCUCCAUCUGGCGUUACGUUAAAACACCCAAGCUAAUGAAGCUAAUGAAGUCCCUAGAUGGCGUUCAAGAAAUAACUUCAGCGUAUGUAGACGAAGCUAUAGAGCGUCUAGAGAAAGAGGCCAAGGAGGGUGUUGUCCGCCCUGAGAGCGAGCAGAGUGUACUGGAAAAGCUGCUCAAGAUCGACAAAAAGGUGGCGACGGUUAUGGCCAUGGACAUGCUAAUGGCCGGAGUGGAUACCACCUCAAGUACCUUUACAGCGGCCUUGCUGUGCCUUUCCAAGAAUCCGGAGAAGCAGGCCGUACUCCGAGAAGAGGUGAUGAAGGUUCUACCCGAGAAGGACUCCGAAUUCACUGAGGCAUCGAUGAAGAACGUUCCCUAUCUACGUGCCUGCAUCAAAGAGUCACAACGGAUCUAUCCUUUGGUCAUCGGCAAUGGCCGAUUUCUCAAUCGGGACAGCGUUUUGAGCGGAUACCAAGUGCCAGCUGGUACCUGUGUGUCGAUGGUUCCCCUGAGCUUGCUAUCAAGCGAGGAGCACUUCCCCAAGGCUGCUGAGUUCCUGCCAGAACGUUGGAUUCGUAACGCCACAGACUCCAACGGGCAAUGCCCGGCAAAUGACUUGAAGCUGAAGAAUCCGUUUGUGUUCUUGCCCUUCGGAUUUGGACCCCGGAUGUGCGUUGGAAAGCGCAUCGUGGACAUGGAGCUCGAGCUGGGCAUCGCUCGACUCAUUCGGAACUUUAGCAUCGAGUUCAAUCAUCCCACGGAGAACGCUUUCCGCUCCACCCUGAUCAAUUUGCCCAACAGUAAACACAUUUCUCAUCCUAAAUUAUCUUUACAACUGGAAAACCUUGAAGGAACUUAUUUGCAA